GCAAAUUCAAAUUUAUUGAUGGAUAUUUCGAGCCUAGAAGAUUGAAAAUUAAAUUUUCUGGAGCGAAGACAUGCCUUUAAAACCGUCUUUCCUCCAUUCAAUUGAGAUUCGCAGUGAAGCCCACGCAGCAUGAAAAUAUCAUGAAUAAUAUUUUAAGGUUGUUUACAUAACCUUUAAAGCAUUAAAGUUGAAUAUCAGAAUAAUUGAAUAAUUGACGGUAGAAGGAGCUUUCAUUGGACGUUAGCCAAUCAUGAAACGUUUCCAAUAUAGUCAUACUUUAAGAAAGUAACAGAAAUGGGUACAGAACAGAAUGAAGGAACACCGGGUUCUGUACAAGUGACAGUAGGAAAUGAUACCGAACAGCAAACUGAAAGUGAGACUAAAAAGGGCUUUCUUGAUAAAGUUAAAGAUGCAAGAGAUAAAGCAGGAAAAGCUAUCUUGAUGAUCGAUUUCGUUGUCGUUCUCCACAUUGUCAUGAUCAUUAUUGGUUCCAUUUACGUCAAGGAUUGCCCCGCAGAACGUUAUAUUCCUAUUUAUUUGAUUGUCAUGGGUGUGUUUGGCACUAUAAGGAACUUACUGGAUUUUUUCGAAUUUUAUCGAAGCGAGAAAGGACAGAAACCUAUAACAAAAUUUCACAACAAAAUUAUUAAUCUGUUCAUAUUUUGCUGGUUUAUUGCAGGUUGCGUAUGGGUCUACAGAGCUUAUAAACCUAAUUUCUAUUCUCCCGAGAGUCCUCUAUAUUGUAACAAAGUAGUAUACUUGUUUACUUUCUGGUUAAUUAAUCUCACUUUUAUUCUGAUCGCAAUUGUGUUCUUAGUAUGCUGCUGUUUUAUAUGGUUUAUAGCAAAGAAAACCACGGAAUAAUACGAUUUUUUUAAUGCAUUUUUAUUUGUAUUGCAAUGCUCUGCUUUUCAAUAUCGCAGUUAAUUUGCAUAAUAUGCAUGACGUUUUACAAAGUGAGUUUUGUUUUCUGAAUAUUUUAAUAAAAUUUUAAUCUUUCGAGCAAUUUUACCUUUA